AAACAAGUUUGGUUCUUUUCGUCUCGGUUCUUCAGAGACAAGUUAUAUCAUGGAGGACUAUUCUAAGAACUUGUUCCUAUUACUUUUCUCAUGCACAGCGUUGAUUAUCAGCUACUACAACGUUGAUUCUUUAAGUACUGCAUCAGUCGUCGGAUUGAAUUACGGACUCCUCGGAGACAACCUCCCAUCUCCGUCCAAUGUUAUCAAGUUCUACAAAUCUCAAAACGUUGCGAAAAUCAGGAUAUUCGAGCCAAACAAAGACGUCCUAAACGCUUUGCGUGGAAACCGAGAUAUUGGAGUCACCGUAGGCAUCAAGAACGAAGACUUGGAGGCACUUGCAGCCAACAAAGACGCAGUUAAAUCCUGGUUCUCCACUAACAUUGAUCCUUACAUAGCCGACGUGAACAUAACAUUCAUUACCGUCGGAAACCAAGCCAUCCCGGGCGACAAACAUGGCCCUCACGUGCUUCCUGUCAUUCAAUCUCUCACCGACCUCGUCAAGUCAAGAAAUCUCCAGAUAUCAAUCAGCACCACGGUCACUACGACGAGCCUCGCCAGGUUGAAACCGCCUUCUGCAGGAGUUUUAACACCCCAAGCACGUCAACAGCUUGUCCCCGUGCUGAGAUUGUUGUCUCAAACAAGUACACCGAUCUUCGUCAAUAUCUAUCCUUACUACUUCCAUGCCUCCGACCCAAAGAACGUCCCUCUCGAGUACGCCAAUUUCAAUAACGACCAGAUCGUGGUCAAAGACGGUGCACUAAAAUAUUCCAACUUGUUUGAUGCAAUUUUCGACGCUUUUCUGUGGGCAAUGGAGAAAGAGGGAGUGAAAGGUUUACCUUUGGUGGUGUCGGAGACCGGGUGGCCCUCUGCCGGGAAUGGAGGCAUGACGACACCGGCUCUUCAAUAUACGUACAUUGGUAACUUUGUGAAGCAUGUUGCAAGUGGUAAAGGAACGCCUAAGAGGCCAAAUAGUAGAAUUGAUGCGUAUAUAUUUGAGACGUACAAUGAGAACCAGAAGCCAGUUGGAAUCUAUCAGCAUUUUGGGUUAUACGAUCCUUACUGAGACGACGCCCAUGUACACGCUCUUCUGAUCCUCGAUGUUGUGUUCAAGUGGUCAGUUUUUACUGUUUCUCUUAAGAAUCUGUGUUGUCAAAAU